GAUGAUGAUGAUGCUCCUUGCCCCGUCUAUCCCAUGAGAGUGUUCCCUGACGCAACAGGUGCCUGCGUCCUUGGGCUCAACUGCCACCAUCGUAUCUACAGGACCCAUGACACUUCCACCACCCCAUCAACUCUUGGAAAGCGCACACCAAGUUAUAUGCUACAAUUAUUCUGCAUGCGUCUAUCAAGCUUUGAACCCUUGUAUCCCAUUAGUGUGUAUGGAAUAUUUGCCAUUCGGGAUUACUUGGACCCGCGACGGAACUACGUCUUUAACCGUCCCAGGGAUGACGCUGUCACGAUUGAAAAGAAGGGUUCCUUUGUCAUACCACUUUGUAGCCCUUGUCGAGGAAUGUAUUUGUUGGAUAAGGCUUUAGUAGAAGUUGAUCUUUGGGUAAAGAAAGAAGGGGAUGAAUCAGAUGACAAGCAACUACUUUCUGCAUAUGCUGAGAUUGAUGUACGGACUGAAGCUGAUCUCAUGCUUUAUGAACGGAUUUCUGGUGAUAAUUGCAAUUUGGACUUGAAAUAUAUAGUCCUUUCAGAAAGUGUUGAGGCUGUAAUACAAGUAUAUGCAAAGGUCAGCCAUCCUCACCAUGUGUUGUUCACUGCUUUUAGCACCGGAUAUGAUAACUAUCCUCUUCGUGGGGUUGUGCUGUUUGAUGACAAAUUAUUUGGUGAGGAAAAACUAUUCAAGCAUGUUGUCGCGGUGAAAGCAAAUGAAGAACUGCAUGUUUUUUUAGAAGUGAAUGGUUCAGUGUUCAAGUGGACUUUUCAAGAUGAACAUGUUGGAGCUGUUGUUUCUCCUGAUGACUCAAUCUUGGACUAUGGCCAGUUCUUCGUGAGGGUGUUGUUUGCUCCAAAGGAUUGUGAGUGAAGCUCAGCUCCAACAUUCUGACAGUGUCGCCAUUGGCUGAAAGCCUGAAGCUCGUGAAAAAAAGUGCUGUUGCUUUUCCUGGUCUUGUAAUUGCGUAACAGUUGAAUUUAUCUUUUUAAGCCCUCUUAGGCAGACAUUAGAAGUAUUAUAUUUUUAUAGCCUUAAACUCGUGAAAACAAGAGAAACCGUUGACUUUU